UAAUCCGUGCUGCGAAAACAUCGGGGUGCACCAACGACCAGUCGGCAGUACCGUGCGUCGCACCUUUCUGUACGGGUGUGCUUCUGUGACGUGAUAUUGCUGGUGUCAGUGAUAAAUCUAACGUACUGAGGGGUGCCAGUGGUAAGCCCAACGUAUUGGGGGGUUCGUGCUCUGUGGUUUGAGGUGACUUCUGAGAAGUAUGUGGAGCAGCUGAGUCACAAGCAUAGCUGUGGCUUUUCUCGGGUGUUCCAGGACUCAUUGUGCACUUUCGCGUCCCUGGAAACAAAGACUUGUGAUAACUCUGGGCUAGGAGGGCGUCUGUUUUGUGAUAUUGGUGAUGUUAGUGGCAAACUCCUCGUAGUAACGCUUUACGGUGAUAGCGGAGAAAUCCGUGAAGCUGCUCAGUUUUGAAGGUUGCUGUGACGUCCUUGUGGCCCUCAAGGACACGCUGUUGCUUUCGUUUACCAGCAAACAAAGGCUUGUUUUGACUCUGGCCGAGUGUGCUUUUGCGUUGUGAUAGCGUUGGUGUUAGUAACAAUCCAAACGUCCUGACAGUUUGUGGUGAUUGCCGAGAACCCGUCAAGCGGCUGAAUCGGAAAGAUAGUUGUGACUUCUCUCUGCUUUUCUAGAAAUCCCAGAUAACUAGUCUAACUGGAAACAAAACCUUGUAGCGACUCUGCCUGUAAACUGCGACUUCAUCUGCUCAAGAAUGUCCAUCGGAGAAUUUGCAACAGUCGUCGCCCUGUUGGUAGGCCUGACAGCACUGCGGGGUGCGUCCGCUGUGGGGUCUUGCACGCCCUCACCUCAGGCGACUGACGUUGCCGACCGUGCGUCUUGUCCGUUCAAGGUGUCCGCGGACGUGGACCCUUCUAGGAUCCCUUCGGAGCUACCAGUGACCAAGUGCAACUGCCCGGACAGUCUGUGUAGUGACAAGGGUGACUACCGCUGUCAAGAGGUGAAGAGCACCUUUCGCGUUGCGUACCGAGGGGCAUCGUCCGAGUUGACCUACAAGACGCUGGAACUGACCACUUCCUGCGUGUGUGUGGCCAGCAGGUCGGCCGGAGCAGUGUGGGGUGGCCAGAGAACCACAGGCUAGCACUAAGUGUUCCUCUCUUCCCUCGGCUGUCCUUGGAAAUCAGACGUUUAUCGGCGCCAUCUUGAACCUUCAUGAACGCUAGCCUGGAUACCAACGGUCGUCAACGGAUUCCACAAAAAUCAUUCGUCGACCAGUGAGGCGUAACCGGGGAGUGUUUUCAGAAGCCUUUCUACAAG